AUGCUAUGUAACAUCAUUUUGUAUCCGGUUGUCGCCAGUGCACCAUUAAGUCUACGACAAGGAGCUAAACUUCUAGCGAUCAAAGUGGCUGGACAAGUUCUAGACAUGGUCUUUUGGCCAUUAUUAUUAUUUUCUCUAUGCACAGCCUCAAACAUACCUUGCGGAAAAUCAUUUUUGCCAUGCGCAAACGAUAGUCAGAAGCCGGAAACGACACUCAUUCGAGAGAGUAACGUGGUCAUUUCACAUCGAAUACCAGACGGCUUAUUUUGGGUCGCAGCAAAUGAGGCGAAAAAAGAGACACACGCGCUGUUCAACUACACCGAUCCAGGUUUCUCGUACUCAGGACAUCCCUUAGCAUCGUCGGUGGAACAAUGGACAACUAUGCAUCACAUUGACAGGAAAGCAGUUGAACGUAGCAAAGCUGCCUACGCUUCCAUAGCAAUUACCAAACGACUCACACUAUUAGGAUUACGAGAACGGGAGCUCCGUUUCGGUUUGGCACCAAACCAAGUAUCAUCCUCCAUUGGUAACUGUCCCAUACCAACGCUAGAAGUAUGUCCCCCAACUUAUUAUAGGUCAUAUUCGGGUCUCUGUAACAAUGUGGCUCAACCGGAAUGGGGCACAAGUCACACUGCAUUUUCACGAAUGCUAAAACCAACCUAUGCUGACGGCGUUUCGACUCCACGUGAAGCUGUCAGUGGUGGGACAUUGCCGCCCGUUCGUGGAUUAUCUUUGACGUUAUUUAGUCCCAUAUCCUAUGCUCAUCCUACAGUCACUACCUUGUUCGCCCAUUGGAUGCACUUGAUUUCUUCCGACAUGAUUAAUCUAGUAGAGACGCAAGCAAUAAUUGAUGGGAACGUAAGGCCUUUCCCAUGCUGUCGACGCGGUUUCUCGCAUCCCGAAUGCGAUGCAAUAGAUAUUCCUAAAGCUGAUCCAGCAUACAGGAAUAAGGUGACGUGUAUACCUCAUGCUCGAACAAUGGUUGCACCAAAGCUGGCAUGUGCUCUUGGCCCUCGUGAGCAAGCUAACAUGGCUUCUUCAUAUUUGGAUGGAAGUGUGAUCUAUGGGUCUAGUCCGGAAAGAGCAAAACAAUUAAGAAGCUUCGCUCAAGGUCAUCUACGUACCCAAGGGAGUGCAGGCGAAUUACCUCAAAUCGACGUCAACGCAGACUGUCAAGCGGAAGGACGAUGCGCAUUCUCUGGAUCUGAUGACGUCAACAUUCUCCCUGGAGUUACUGCUCUUCAUGCUGUUCUUAUCAAACAGCAUAACAGAAUUGCUCGCCUACUGAAGCAGCAGAAUCGCCACUGGGCUGACCCGAAACUUUUUGAGGAGGCACGGCGGAUUGUUAUCGCUCAAAUUCAACAUAUCACUUACAAUGAAUUUCUGCCAAUAAUGUUAGGCAGGGAGAACAUGAGAAAAUAUGGUCUCAAUCUGCAUGAAUCCGGCUUCGACGCCGACUACGACAUGUCAAUAGAGGGCGCUGUUUUGAACGAAUUCGCUGUCACAUUCCCAUACAUAGUAUGGACACUACUUCCUCAAGAUAAACUUUUCUCUGCGUUUAACAAUCCUAAUAGAGUUUAUGAAAGUCGAAAUGUGGACGCAAUAUUAAGACAUCUACUCUCCACAAAUAUCGCAAGACCAUCGCUGAGGGUGAACGACGAGGUGAAAAACGAAUUCCUCAAGGACCAAUUAGACGUUGGUCUUGAUCUAAUAUCAAUAGCGCUGAAGCAAGGACGCGAUCACGGAAUACCGGCAUACACCGUAGUUCGGGCACAGUGCGGGCUAGGAAAGGUGCGAUCUUUCCACGAACUGAGAGAAUACUUCGUGCAGGACCCAAAAGUUGAAUACAUCAGUACCAUCUACGAGAAUGUUGAUGAUAUCGACCUUCUUGUUGGCGUCUUAGCCGAACAGCCACUUAAGGGUUCAUUAUUUGGCCCUACUAUGGCUUGCAUUGCGGGAAAACAGUUUCAGAGAACACGUCGAGGUGACCGAUUUUGGUACGAAAAUUACUUCGCUCAGUCGGGUUUCAAUGAGAAGCAGCUUAUGGAAUUACGAAAAACCAGUCUGGCAGAGAUUGUUUGCUCGAAUACAGAAAUGAAGAAAAUCCAGACCAACACCUUUAUGCGUGAGAACGUAUUUGAAAACAUGGCAAUCGACUGUCAGUCAUCCGUUUUCACAUCGCCGUCAAUGACCGAGUGGAAGGACUUGGAAGGAAGACCCACUUUCCCGGUAUCAACAGAAACAUUGGAGAAAGUCGUUAAUCUCGCCAUCCAUAAUCUUAAAGACCAGCAGAAGCGUGAAGUAUCCAAUUUACGGCGAAAUCAGCAUGUAUUUGUGAGGGGAGAUCCUCUUUUUGCCUAUUCAAAUAUGAUGCGCGCUAAAAUACAGGCCAAACAGAUCUCCCAGGUUUCCGCUAUCUUGCUUGAGACGACAAAGUUACUGAUCAAAGGUGAAACUCUCCCCGAAGACGAGAGAUUACCGCCUCUUGAAAUCGGAGUCUUGCAACGAGUACUCCCCGAUGUGGACGUUUCAACAUUUGUGAAUAACUUCACAGCUUUCCUUUCCGAAGACGGGCAAUCGACGAACGACGAAUGUUUGCCGAAAAUGCUGCCAUGCGACCAUACUACCAAAUAUCGUACACACUCCGGAUGGUGUAACAACCUGAAAUUCCCUGGCUAUGCCAACGCCUUCGCGCCACUUCGACAUUUGUUACCUCCGGUUUACGAAGAUGGUUUUGAUGCGCCUCGAAGUCGUGCCAAGAGCGGGAGGCCACUACCAAACCCUCGACGGGUAUCCAAUGUCGUCUGCGAAGAUCGUGACAUCUCGCAUGUGAAGUUCACGCACAUGGUGAUGCAAUUCGGACAGUUACUCGAUCAUGAGCUUACCCAUUCUCCAACGGCGCGUGGACCAAAUGACGAAAUUUUGAAUUGCACGAGGUGCGAUUCGCCGGAAACCAUUUCUGUGCACUGUAUGCCAAUACGUGUGGAGUCAGAUGAUCCAUUCUUCCCAACUCAUUAUCAAAAUGGCGAACCCCGAUGUUUACCAUUUGCUAGGUCACUACUUGGGCAACUAAACCUUGGAUACAGAAACCAAAUAAAUCAGUUAACAUCAUACAUAGAUGGUUCUGUGAUCUAUGGAUCUACUGAAUGCGAAUCAAAACAGCUCCGACUGACCAGCAGAGGCCUCCUCAAUUUCACAGAUUUCGGUGGCGGUCAAAUGAUGUUGCCACAAGGACAUCAAGAAAAGGACUGUCGGUCAUCACCGACGAUGCCAUGCUUUGUUGCUGGAGACGAAAGAAACUCUCACCAGCCAGGCCUAACAGUUCUGCAUACGUUCAUGAUGCGUGAGCACAACCGUCUUGCUAUGGCCCUAUCGGCUAUGAACCCGCAUUGGACAGACGAAGUUGUUUAUCAAGAGGCGCGCAGAAUAGUUGUUGCCGAAUUACAACACAUCGUUUUCGCAGAAUUCUUGCCAAAAGUAAUAGGAUUGGACCUUCUUAACGCUCAAGGACUCGUCCCCAAGAAAAGCGGCUACUUCACGGGUUACGACGACACAUGUGAUGCAUCAAUCUCCCAGCCGUUUGCUACGGCUGCAUUUCGAUUUGGUCACACCCUCAUUAGACGGAUGUUCCCUAGGAUGAACUAUAACUACAAAAAUAUGAGCGAACCAGUUGAUCUUGCGAAGCACUUCGGGCACGUGGGUCCAUUAUACGACCGAGAGGCCGGUGGAAUGGACUCUAUGCUCAUGGGGCUGCUUGGCACACCAUCUAUGGCUUUCGAUCGCCAUAUCACAAAUGCUGUGAGGAACCAUCUGUUUAUGAGACGUGGUGAGCCAACGAGUGGUAUGGAUCUGAUCGUGCUCAACAUACUUCGAGCCCGUGAUCAUGGUGUGCAACCUUAUAACGACCUAAGGGAGUACUGCGGUUUGAGAAGAGCACGGAAAUUUGACGACCUAAAGCACGAGAUGGAAUCUGACGCAAUUUUAGCAUUGCAAUCUUUAUACGAGUCUGUUGAUGACAUCGACUUAUUCCCAGGACUUGUCAGUGAACGUCCUCUCAAGGGCGCAUUGCUCGGACCCACCAUGUCAUGUAUCCUCGCCGAACAAUUUGGAAGGUUAAAAAAGUGCGAUCGGUUCUUUUAUGAAAACGAUGGUGUUGCUAAGUUCAGUCCAGCACAACUGAAUGAAAUCCGAAAGAUCAGGUUAUCAUCAAUUUUAUGUGCAAACAGCAAGUACCUACGAACUAUUCAGCCGAAUGUCUUCGACGUGCCAGAUGAUCUUAUAAACGCGCAAAUACCAUGCACAGACAUUCCGCAAAUGGAUCUUAGCCACUGGAAAGAUCGAAAACACUGCGAAAUGAAUGGCCGAACGAUAGCAAUGGGAGAAUCCACUUAUAUCACACCUUGCGUAACAUGUACAUGCACCUUUGAAGGAGUAGCUUGCAAUCCAACCAGGGUGGAAAGUUGCGAGAAACUCUCAAACAAAUUCUUACUCAGCGAUAUCUCAAAGGACACUUCUUGUAUGAUCCAAUGCUCAGACCUCAUGAAAAAUAAAUAA